GCAUAAGUUGACGAGAAUCUUGUUCCCAACGAAAUCCGUCGACUAUGAUACAUAAAGCAGGUGAUGGAGGUAAGAAUGCGGUAUCUCUGAAACACAGAAUGUGUCGUGCUUGUUGGUUGUGCUUUGUCUCACCCUGCGAAGUCUGAACGUCAUUGGAAUUCGACCUCUUAUCCCUCGGACUGACUCCUUCGGCUCACCAUUCCAUCCUUCUCCACCACGAGCAGGCCUCGGUAUACAUAGGCCGAGUGACGCAGCCCAGCGGUGGUUUCAACAGUUUCCCUUGUUCGACUGCUCAUAUCACCUGCGCACGGCUUGCAUCUUCAAAGUUGACAAUCGAAUCACUCCAGACGCAACAUCGAGUUGGACUGAACACCAUGGGUGUGGCGGGCGUCCUUCGCCGGUCGAGUACGGUCAACUUUCUUGACAACGGCGGCUCCAGUGGAGAGUCUUCACGGCGCACCUCUGUGGUCGCAGAAUCACCCUCCUCUCGACGACCCAGUCUCGGAGGCUUGUCUCUGCGCCUGUCCUCUCGCUCCAAGAAAUCCAAUGCUACCAGAGAUCUGGAUGCAUCUGCUGGGAUAGCUGCACAAAGACUGGGCGAGGCAUUCUUCUCUCUGCCCGAAGAGAUCAUCAUCCAAGUCCUCUGCCACCUCUCACUACCCGACAUAUUCGCACUGCGGCGCACCUCCCGUACGGUCUACUCCUUCCUUCAGGCCAACGCGUGCCCGAUAAGUCGCUCUCUCCUACAACAAUGCGCCUACGAACACACGCCGUAUACCAUCGAGAUGAACGAUCCAGAAGUGCAGGCAGAAUAUACCUACGACUACAUAUCAACACUAUACCCGCAGCCACUUCCAUCUUCGUCGAUGGACUACCUGCUACAAAUGCUUAAAAGACAAAAUCAAAUCGAUAAGAUGCUGGCAGUUACCAUGCAAUUUGUCCAAAUGAGGAUAUACAUGAUUCCUGGCAGUCCGCGAUUCGAAGACUUCCGGCCGUACAAGACGAAGCUCACGAGGAGGAUGCACCUCGCAGCCUGGACCAUGUACCACUUUCUAGAGAAGUACAGGGAUAUGCUCGUUCAUGAACAUCCGAAGCAUCGACAACAACGACAGCCCGUAUCUUCGGACCAAGAGCCUGGCCACGAGGACCGCAACGUUUUGUCCUGUCCAUCAUGCGCCGAGCUCGUCAAGUCUCUCCUAUCGACUUAUCCGGGCACGGAGCUUAUCCCUGCAUACCACUUCUACGACCUCUGUCGACAACACUUACGGUCACUCAGUCGGGCACCAACCUAUGCGGGCACCAUCGAGAGACGAUUACGAGGCUGGAGCCGAAAAUCACCUACAGACACAGAUCUGGCUCAAUAUGUCAUUUUCGGCGGCAUUCCUGAGCUGUCCAAGCUAAGUAUGCUCAAGGGAAGCUACAGUUCUCGGAUCGAACUGGUAGGCGCCUUCAAUGACAAAGUGUCGAGCGCGCCCACGACGAAGAGAGUGACAGUCGCUACAUCAGCAUACUCUUCUCUGGCUGAGAGCAGCGCUGUUUCGCCUGCGUCGUUCUACGAACUGACAAGCGCGUUACAACCGCCUCUUGCGUCAGUGUCGUAUGACUCACUUGCAGCGGUCCCGGAUCUUGAACACUUCAUUAUUGACUCGGAUGAAUGGGUCACCACGAUGUUUGAGCUGGUGAAGCCUGAAGAUCAGAUAGUCAGUGCAUUCGGGUUCGUGCAGAACAUUUUGGCAGGGAAGAAAGAGCCCGAUCCACCCAGCAGACGCGCCGAUGACCGGAGAGACAAUCAGCGCAUUGAGGAUGGCGAUUUCGACUUUUUGGCGCCUGUGAAAGACUUUUAGAUGAAUCACAGACUGAUCUUGGAAGGCCAUCGGGCUCAGUUGGACGUACCUGAUUGUUACGUAUACAGAUUGCUUCAUGUUCAUCGUGAAGUAGAUGAUCCUUCACGCUUCAGAAGAUCUUCGAGAUCAAUGCGUGGAGAUAUCAUAUU